AUGCCCGUCGCCGCACUCGCGCCUCGCGCGCAUUAUGCAAGCUUGAAGCGCGACGAGAGCGAUCUUUCGGUCGCGAUGAAGGAGACGGCGGUGAGGAUGGCACCGUCAUUGCCCUCACCCUCGUCCAAGAUCUCCAUACCAAGGCCCCGGACGCCUUCCGCACCUGGGCCUGCGCGUGCGCACCAAGGCGGUCGCAGUCGCAAGACGCUGUGUCCAGCGUUGCAGGACGCGCGUCAGGUCUUCGCGAGCUUUCAACAUUCCUCUUACGUCGCCCCAAUUGCCUUCGGCGAUGGCUCUUCGACCUUUCAUCUGCAAGUCGACACCGGCUCCUCCGAUUUGGCAGGUGUUCAAUCAUCUUUCAGUGGAUUGCUGCCAGCACAUGCGGCUCGUCCUUGUGCAAGGCGCCCCGCGAUACGAUCCCUCUUCCUCCUCUCCCACAGGCCGUCACAAGACCUCAAGUUCGCCUCCGGAGAGGCAAGCGGUCCUAUCGUGUGGGAUAGCGUUCAGCUCGGGGGAUACCAAAUCUCGAACCAGGCAUUCGGAUCAAGAACCGUCCCUUCCGUGCUCGGGAUCGGACGACAUCCAAGCUCCCUCGUUCAUGAUCCCAGCAAGAUCCAGUACGACACCAUUGUGCCCUUAUCGAAACCGUCCUGGUGGAAAGCGCACAUAUCCGGGAUCACUGUUCACGUCGACGGCCAGGACAAGCCCGUCUCGUUGUCUGGCAAUACUCCUGGCUCGGAUGCAGGCAAGCCCACCGCUAUCCUCGACACCGGCGUCCCCAUCAUCCUCGCCACACAGGCCAUUGCCAAUGGAUUUACGUGCCUCGGCUUCAUCCAGACACCGCAGCAGUUCCCCGGCCUGUCCGCGAGCAUCAACAACGCGGCGGAUAUCAUCCUCGGCGUCCCCUUCCUCCGCAACCCGCUCCCCGAUGGCACCUUCCCCCGCAACUCGCAAGACCUUAACCAGGCCGGGGCACGCGGCCGCACUUGGGCCUCCUCGGGCUCACCGACCCCGCCGUCGCCGCGGUUGAGUUCCACCAGGCGCGGUACUCGGCAGGCCAUUGGGCUCGUCGCCCUCCACUCGACGCCAUCGCCAAUGAAGGGCCUGUCGAUUGGCGUCAAGGUCGUCAUCGGUUUCGCGGGCUUCUUCGGGCUCUGCAUCCUGCUCUUUGGCGGCCGCUGGUUGUGGAUGCGUCGGAAGUACGGGGACGACCCGCCGCGGCGGGCGCGACGGACGCCGAGCCUGGGCGAGGACGAUGGCACGCUGACCGAAGACGAGCUCCGGCAGCGGCGCUUCGAGGACUAUCGCCGGAAGAACUCGGCAUCCUACUACUCCGCAGACACGGCGCUCACCAUGGUCGAGUCCAACUCCUCCGACCGGCGCAAGACUUAUAUAAGGGGCAACCCUGACGAGUUCGGCGCCCUCGUCCCCCUCGCGUCCUCGCGCACCCUCUCCGGCACGGGCACGCGUGCGAGCUACCUCGACGGUUGGGACGACAGCACCUACGUCGACGACGCGGCGCGGCGCGACAACAUGGCGUCUCAGACCCCCAUGCUCCCCGCGUCCGGGAUGGACCUCGCGGAUAUCGCGGACCUGAUCGACAGCGCGAGUCCAACGCGCGCAAGCUUCGCCGGGGUCGGAUCCGGCUCCGCGUCGCUGCGGAGCCCACGCCCGCGCUCGGGCGCGGGGCCGGGAGCGGGCGUGCGCGCGUCGCUCGCGCUGAGCCCGAGCCCGAUCGGAGAGGAGCCGCCGCCGACGCUGCGGUCGCCGCUGCGGCAGGCGCACGCCGUGCCCGAUGACACGCCUCGGGCGUUGGUGGAUGUGCUACCAUCGCCGCCGCCACCAACGUUGGUUGCGCAGGAGGCGCCAUAG